GCUGGCGCCGAGAUGAAUGUGGUCCGAGCUGCUGGCUUGACCCCUCUGCAGUGGGCCUCCAGGAAGAACCGGCUCGCCGUGGCACGCUUGUUGAUUGCAGCUGCAGCAGACGUUGACAGGGCUGACCAUGGGAGUCCCACUGCCUUGCAGCUUGCAGCAAAGGGUGGACACCUUGAGAUUACCAGCUCUUUGCUGCAAGGGCGGGCAGACCCGGAAAAAGCAGCAGAGGGCGAGGUUUCCGCGCCCUUGCUUGAGGCUGCAGGUCGCGGCUACCUUGAGAUUCUGCGCCUUCUGUUGGAUGCCAGGGCAGACAAGGACAAGGUAGAUGGCUCCGGCAUGACUGCCCUUCACAUGGCCAUCCGCAAUGACCAC